AUGUCUGAUUAUUACAUAGAUGAAGACGAUGCUUAUUCUUCAGUAUAUAGAGACUUAUUUAGAAAUGAUGAACUAUCUAUGAAUUAUGAAUCGCCUACGAAUAAUGAAUCGCCUAUGAAUGAUGAAUCGUCUACAAAUGAUGAAUCGCCUACGAAUGAUGAAUU